UGAACUCUCACCAUGACAUGCUGUGAUUGGUCCACAGCCCUUGUAUUUAUCAAUGAAUGUCGGUAUUGUCGACCUGUGGCCAAUACGAAAUCCCAUCCGGGUGAGCUUUCACGAACAAGGCAAAAUGCAACCUGGCGAUCAUCAAAUUCCUACCAAUCUCAUGCCGGUCUCUCAUUUUGCAUUUUCCUCAUUGAACUUCAAGCAUCGUUCCUGCAUUGGUUUGUCCGCAUGACGUAGCCUUGCAGCUGCCAUCCUCACUACACAAUCACACCUCUCCUCGUUUGCUUACUCGCCGUUUGGUGCGUUUUCAGCUUGACGGGCCUCCAGCCUCGUCUGCAUACCGCUGUGUCGCACGUUCUCGGCGCAGCCAAAAUCGCCAUGACCUCCCCAGCCUCACCUUCGCGGUCUAACAGACCAAGCCUGGGCAAGAAUGCCUUAGGAAGAAGCAACAGUUACCUCGACGACCAUCUCGAGUAUAGGUCGCAUCAGUCUGGACCUGUGACAAGCAUAGAUGGAGUCCUCGAACAACCUCCCCGUAGUCCUCGCAAUACGAUGUCCAGCACCUCUCUCGCGUCGAGAAGGUCCAUCAGCGCUAUAUCUCCUUCUCCAAUUGUGUCUCAAGAGAGUGGAACUGUGUACACCAUGUCACAUACAAAUUGCAUACCAGAGCUCGGUGACCCUCCUCGAGUCGUCGCGACUAUAUUCUACAACUCAAGAUCUCCUCGACACCCGCAUAUCCAUCCAGACCAGUCACCUCCUGCGAGACCUACAGACCCUCUACCUAUGCCAGAAAUCGCGGAGGGAUCUGCUCCGACGACAAGUAUAUCAGAAUAUCCUCUCGAACCGCCUGCACCAGAACCGGAGCCGCUCGAUCAUUUAUACGGCGCCUAUAUUUCGCAGUUAUGCUUAACGCAUUUCCUAUCCACUCUUGACAGCCUCCUCAUCCACAACAAACCAGACGAGCGACGACUCACAUCUUCACACCGAUGUUUGUCUCCCGAUCCUUCAAAGCCCCGAGUUGUGGAAGUAACCUUCACACCCCCUCCUAAUCCUGAGUACCUACCAUUUGAACUGAUAUCCAAACAUGAAUCAAUUUACAAGUUUGAGCGAGAAUGGAAUUGCGAAAUCGUCUUACAACCGUCGACAGUCUUCCGCCGGUACAAGCGCCUCUGUGUGUUCGACAUGGACUCAACCUUGAUCCAGCAAGAAGUCAUCGACGAAAUCGCCGCUUUCAUUGGCGCCAAGAAAGCCGUCGCUGCCAUCACGGAACGCGCAAUGAACGGCGAACUCGAUUUUGCAGCCUCCCUCAAAGCACGAGUCGGCUUGCUCAAGGGUGUACCGGCGGACGUUUUUGAGCAUCUCAAACCCAAGAUCGUCAUUACGCCCGGUGCGAAGGAACUCUGCAAAUGUCUAAAGCGACUCGGUUUCACUCUCGCCGUGUUGAGUGGAGGCUUCCAGCCCCUGGCCGACUGGCUCGCCGGCGAGCUCGGUCUGGAUCAUGCAUUUGCCAACCACCUCGUCGUCGACCACGAGAAGAACGAAUUGACAGGCGAGCUCAAUCCCGAUUAUCCAAUCGUCGACUCCCAGCAUAAGCAGAAAUUGCUGAUCAGCCUGGCAUCGAACAAGGAUAUUCCGCUUGCGCAGACCAUGGCUGUUGGAGACGGGGCUAAUGACAUUCCCAUGCUCAAGACGGCAGGGCUGGGCGUGGCAUGGAACGCGAAGUCGAAGGUGCAGAUGGAGGCUCCGGCACGCUUGAACAUUGGGAGGAGUAUGCUUGAUCUGGUGUAUCUGUUGGGUCUGACGGAGCAGGAGGUGGAGGAGUUGUUGAGAGAGUGAGUCAAAUGGAAGUCGAACUAGCAGUAUGCAAGCGUAGGAGUUGAAUGACCAGAACCUCAGGGUUCUGCAAGAUGAGAAGCGACGUGAGGAAACCCUGGUGCAGCGUGCGGAACAGAGCGGGAAUGCAAGUUCUUAUUUUUUAGCUGCCUUGGCAUUGUAGAGACAGGAGUGCCUGUAGAGUACUCUGUGUAUAGUCUACGAAAAGUAAGACUACCAUAAACGCCGGAGCAAUGGAACCGGUCAUGGAAAUGGCAGUUUUCAUUCGAUGAGAGAUGUUUCGAUCCGAAGGG